AUGCGACCUCUUCACCACCGCAACCCGGGCGUCUUUGGUGUUUUGGGUAUUGCCGAGAGCCUGAACAGGCCGUAUUUUGGUAUCAUCUCCGACGGCAUACAUCUUCACCCGACAACGAUCAAGAUCGCCUUCAAUGCCCACCCUGAUGGCUUCAUCCUAGUGACGGAUGCGAUGCACAUGAUGGGCCUUGCAGACGGUUCCUAUCAGUGGACGAAUGGGCAAGAUGUGAACAACAUUAUCAAGGCCGGCUCUACGCUGUUGCUAGAGGGAACCAACACCAUCGCCGGAAGCGCCGUCACCCUGAUGGAAUGCGUGAACAACUUCCUCCGAUGGUCCGGCACGGGCAUCCCCAAGGCCCUGAAAGCCGUGACUGCCACACCCGCAGCGAUGCUUGGCCUGCAAGGCGUCAAGGGCUCUCUGGAAGACGGGGCCGAUGCCGACUUGGUGGUCUUUUCCGAGGAAGUGAGAGACGGUGCCAUUCAGCUGGUUGUGGACGAGGUUUGGAAAGCCGGAGCGUUGGUAUCGAGCCGGAAGGAGAGCCAAUCGCCCAUCACCCCGUGA